GGUAAGUCCACCACUGCGCCUUCUUCGUCUUCCCCCCAUUUCAAAUUUUGGGGCUCCGCCCCCAUUCCCUCCUCCGCCGCCCUCAUCACCCGUUCGCUUCGAUUCGAUUCACUUCAGCUCCGCUCCUUUCCCAUGCCUCGUCCCGGCUCGCGCCUCGCGACGCCGCUGCCUCCCGCACCUAGAGCGCCGUCCCCAGGCCGUCACUGAUUUGACCCGCCGCCCGUCCGGAAACCCUAGCACCCCGGAUCCGCCACUCCGGCGAGAUGCCGCUGGGCCCCACCGCCGCCGCCUAUGGAGAGCAGGGAUAACUUCCUUCGGCCGCCAACGCCCUCCUCCGCAGCCGGAGCCAGCGCCGGCAAAGGCCUCACGAUCCCCACCGCCGGUGACACGGCCGCUACCAACCUGACAUCAUCCUCGGGCUCCUCCUCGUCGCUCACGCUGUCCCCACCGGCGCUGGGCUUCCUGCACCAGGUUCAUGCCGCCGUUAAGCGGCAGAGGCCUCACGGUUCGAUGCAGUCCAACGUUCCACGAGCAACCCGAGUUCUGGUAUCCAGAGGUGAGGGGGCAAAUAAAGCUGGUGCCAGCCCUUCUGUUUCGCAGAACUCUGAAGGAAAGGUUAUGCAGCCACAGAGAGGGUUGUUGGGACCCUCCAGGCUGCAGAACGUGGUGUCUGAUCAAAAGAAAGUUGCAAGUGCUGUUACAUUGGGGCCCUCUUGUCCAGAUGAGCUGAUGUUGACCACACCUUCAACAUUGGGAAACAUCACAGAUACCCAUAAUCAGAGUGUUGGCCAAAAAUACCAGCAGAAGAGUGAGGUUAAUCUGUUGGCGGAUAGGGGGAAGUCAUCUUUGGAAGUUUCUUCAUCUCGAAUGGCAUCUCGUGAUGCAUUGGUGGGAGAAAGUUUCAAGAAAGAACCGUUUUACUCAGUUGGUGAUCCACAGUCAACUUCUCGGAGUGAAAACGUUGGGGUCACUGUCGAUAGUAGAAUGGACAGUAUGUCAUCUUAUCUGCAUUCUGUUUCAUUGACAGCAAGAGAUAAUUUUCCUGUGAAUCAAGGAGAACAUGCUCACCGUGUGAACCAUCAGGAGGUUGAAAAUGCUGAUGCAGCAGUUAAUAUAGAUAUCAUGUAUACUGCAGCAAAUUUGUCUCGAAGAGGGGUUGAAGAGGCUUGUAAUCAGAAUCAUGGAGAGCCAAUGACCCGUUGCUCUGCCAUUGGUUCAUCCAUUACUGCUGUAUCACUACAUUCAGGGCCUACUGUCCAAAGUACACAGGAUCCCCAGGUUAGCCGGUAUGCUUUGCCAGCGCAGAUGCCUGAAUCUGCUGUAGAACCAUCUGGAGGUGUACUGGGUCAUGGCCCUAAAAAACAGCAUACAGCUGCAACAGGUGUUGGUGAUUGGAAUCCUCAUGAUCAGCAGGAUCAUAAUCUGGGAAAUGUUGCCGCAGACAAAGCUGUUUCUGACAUCGGCAGUCGUUUGCCUUCUGAAGGAUUAUCUUCAAACAACCAGUCUACAUCUGCCAGGGAUGGUGGUGCUUCCCGGCCAAACAAGGGUGAGAAGGAGCGCCACAAAAGGAAUUAUGAUCCUAAUGUAUUCUUUAAGGUGAAUGGGAAACUUUAUCAGAAACUUGGUAAAAUAGGAUCUGGAGGUAGCAGUGAAGUUCACAAAGUUAUAUCAGCAGAGUGCAUAAUAUUUGCCUUGAAAAAGAUCAAGCUUAGAGGUCGUGACUACCCUACUGCCUAUGGCUUUUGCCAAGAAAUCGAGUACCUAAAUAAAUUGAAAGGGAAGAGCAAUAUCAUACAGCUGAUUGAUUAUGAGGUCACUGAUAAAAGUUUACUUCUAGAAGGUUCCAUGUCACCCAGAAAGGAUGGAAAAAUUAAGGAUGAUCACUACAUUUACAUGGUCCUUGAGUAUGGAGAAAUUGACUUAGCUCAUAUGGUUGCUCAGAAGUGGAAGGAGAGGAACAACUCAAAUAUGAAAAUUGAUGAAAAUUGGCUACGCUUUUAUUGGCAGCAAAUGCUCGAAGCUGUCAAUACAAUACAUGAAGAACGGAUAGUGCACUCCGAUUUGAAGCCUGCCAACUUUAUGCUGGUGAGGGGUUCACUUAAACUAAUUGAUUUUGGCAUUGCCAAAGCUAUAAUGAACGAUACAACAAACAUUCAACGUGAUGCUCAGGUAGGUACACUGAACUACAUGUCACCUGAAGCAUUCAUGUGCAAUGAUCAGGACUCGGGUGGUAACAUUAUUAAGUGUGGACGCCCCUCUGAUAUUUGGUCUCUUGGUUGUAUUCUUUAUCAAAUGGUGUAUGGUAAGACACCAUUUGCAGACUACAAGACUUUUUGGGCCAAAUAUAAAGAAGUCACUGAUAGGAACCACAAGAUCAAGUAUGAACCAGUUGACAACCCAUGGCUUAUUGAUUUGAUGCAAAGAUGUCUUGCAUGGGACCGAGAUGAACGAUGGAGAAUACCUCAACUACUUCAGCACCCUUUUCUCAAUCCUCCGGUUCCAAGGGAUUUAGCUCCCAUUGACCAUGAUCGGUGUAGGUUGUUGAUGGAGAAGAUCAGAGCUCACUGGACUAAUCCUGUGGUUUCAAAACUUUGUAGUAUAAUUGAAAACCUCGAGGAGGAUCAGUGCUAGGAAGAGGGAUUUAACGUUCCUAAUUGUUACCCUAGUUGGGGCCUGGGUAGCAGCACGAGUGCUUUAGUUUCUGUAUCGUUCUGGUUCUUUCGAGUUUAGUAGGCAUCUGUUAUAAUUUGUAAAUAGUACCUUCAUCAUUUGACUUGGGAGCAUUUUCCGGUGGUGCCCUGGCAUUCUUUGCUCCCUUGUGUUUGGAAGUUGAUGUUUUAUUUAUUUAUUUAAGGAAUAUAUAUUAUC